UAAACUCUACGGUUUCUUGUCUCAAAACAGGCAACUAUUUAACAAAUCAGAAAAGCUUUCGCGAGAAACACAGAUUCAAAUCUAGAAAGGGAACCCGAGAGCCGAGACUGAGAGAUAGAGAGGGAUUUUGUUUUUGAGAGAUGGGGUGGUGGGGAUGGGCGAUCUACGAGAGUGUGGUUGUUUUAGGGUCGCUGUGCCUACUUGGCUGGGCGGGGCUCUGGUUCCUGAAUCGCAGGCUUUACAAGGAGUACGAAGAGAAGCGUGUUUUGGUCCAGAUCAUCUUUAGCGUCGUUUUCGCCUUCUCCUGCAACCUCUUCCAGCUCGUCCUCUUCGAGAUAAUUCCUAUACUCUCCAAAGAGGCACGAUGGAUGAACUGGAAGCUGGAUUUAUUUUGUUUGAUACUGUUGCUGGUUUUCAUGCUGCCUUAUUAUCAUUGUUACUUGAUGCUUUGCAACAGCGGUGUGAGGAAGGAAAGGGCUGCACUUGGAGCUAUCUUGUUCUUGCUUGCAUUUCUUUAUGCUUUUUGGCGAAUGGGCAUUCACUUUCCCAUGCCUUCACCUGACAAAGGUUUCUUCACAAUGCCUCAAUUGGUCAGUAGAAUUGGGGUCAUUGGGGUUACUGUCAUGGCCGUCCUAUCUGGUUUUGGGGCUGUAAAUUUGCCAUACAGUUACUUGUCCCUCUUCAUUAGAGAGAUUGAGGAGUAUGAGGUGAAGGCCUUGGAAAGACAACUAAUGCAAUCAAUUGAGACUUGUAUUGCAAAGAAAAAGAAAAUUAUUCUUUGUCAAAUGGAGAUGAAGCGUAUUCAAGGAUCGGAGGAGGUAAAGGCUAGAUCCUUCUUUAAACAAAUUAUAGGCACGGUUGUGCGAUCUGUGCAAGAGGACCAGACGGAGCAAGACAUAAAAAACAUGGAAGCGGAGGUACAAGCUUUAGAAGAGCUCUCAAAGCAGCUAUUUUUGGAAAUCUAUGAGCUCCGACAAGCUAAGGAGGCUGCUGCUUAUUCUCGAACCUGGAGGGGUCACAUGCAGAAUCUUCUUGGCUAUGCAUGUUCUGUCUAUUGUGUGUACAAAAUGAUUAAGUCUUUGCAAAGUGUUGUUUUCAAGGAGGCUGGUUCAGUUGAUCCUGUUACCAGGACUAUAACCAUAUUUUUGCAAUUCUUUGAUAUAGGAAUUGAUGCUGCAUUACUGUCGCAGUAUAUCUCAUUGUUGUUCAUCGGAAUAUUGGUGGUCAUAUCUGUUCGGGGAUUUUUAACAAAUCUAAUGAAGUUCUUUUUUGCAGUUUCCAGAGUUGGGAGUGGAUCUUCUAGCAAUGUUGUACUUUUUCUGUCUGAAAUUAUGGGAAUGUAUUUUGUUUCUUCUAUUCUUUUGAUAAGGAAAAGCUUAGCGACAGAAUAUAGGAUGAUCAUAACAGAUGUGUUGGGAGAUAUUCAGUUUGACUUUUAUCACCGUUGGUUUGAUGCUAUCUUUGUGGCCAGUGCUUUCCUUUCUCUGCUUUUGCUUUCUGCACAUUAUACUUCGCGACAAGCUGACAAACAUCCAAUUGAUUGAUGUAAUUUUGCAGAGGUUUGUUCAAUUGUCCAGAUUCAAGACCCAAAAAGGUACAAUAUCCAGGUCUAAUUCUCAAUGAUAAUGAGAAAAGUUAAUGAACACCAAGGCAAGAAUACUGUGAGAGCAGUCAAAGAAUGAUGGAGAGUUAAGGGAAAGAAGAGGAAGCUAAAUCCAAGGACACAAGGGUCAGAAUAUUGGUGUGGAUUAUUCUUGUGUAUAAUAUUUGGUAUGGAAGACUGGAGUAACCAACUAUUAUAUUGAAUGCUACUGUAUUUGUAAUAUCUGAUUUCGUUAAUUCAAUAGUUUGAAAAUACCCAUUCUUUCAA